UUGUGGCAGUUUGUGGUGAGCUGAGUGAGCUGACUGUGACUAACUGAAUGACUUAUGGGGAUUGAAAGUGAAAAUAAAUAUACAAAAUUUUCAAUUAGAAUAAACUCGAGUAAAAAAUGUCCUCAAACAGUACCGUCCAAGCACAAUUUAAAAAUAUCCACAAUUUUAAAAAAUGUCCUUAACACAGUUAAAAAGUUUAGGUAAUUUUCUUGCUUAAUUUUGAGCCAUGAGUCCAAAACUGAAGCGACGUCCGCACCCAUCGGCCCUCUCGUCGUGCACGAAAGUUCCUCGACCCCUCCGUUCCUUGAAGGGGAGUGGUUUCACCCCAAGGAAAAAGUCGGUGACUAAUAAUAAUAGUAAUAACCCCACCUCGAAAUGUGUUCAGUUAACGAAGGCCUCGCCAGACUCGGGGAUUUCGACGGAGAAAGAGACCACCAGCUCGGCCUCGGGGGGAAGCCGGGUUCAGAUCCGUCCUAUGAAAGUAAUCCCCCCGGAUGGAUACUACGAGGGGAGUGGGAGUGGCACUAAUAUUACCCCGAGUGUAGUAACUUCUUACCCAAAAAGUGACUCCGGCCUCAAUGAUGUGGACGGUUUAUCGUUAUCCCUCUCGCUGGAAAAUGUUGAGGCUGAACUCCAAUUUUCGGAGAGUUCGAACAAAUCCGUUUCGAUUUUUGAUGCGAUUUCCUCCGAGGACAAGUCGUCUUCGAAUAGUUUGAGUUCCUAUACGUGCAGUAAUAGUUGUUGUUUGUCUUAUCUGGAUGACGAGGAUGAUGAUGACGACAACUCUUCUUGGUCAUCUUCGUCUUCUUCGACGUCGUCCGAUCAAGUGAAAAUAGUGGACCGUCCGGAAAAGGAGAUUUUGAACAGGGUGAUAGAACUGCAGGAAAGUUUGAAAAAUUGGGAUUCCUUCCUCGUCCAGAAUGGGAUCCAACGGCCGGAUUUUUUCUGUCGGUACAAACAAAGUCAAGAACUGGAAAAGUAUUUGAACAAGGUCCGGUCGAGGAAUAAUAAGAGUGAGGAGAAAAGUGGUGGGGGGACUGGGGGGAAGUCGUUGAAGGCCUUGAAGAGAAGGGGAAAUAAGGGGGUUGACAGGAAGACGAGUUUUUCGCUGGGUGAAAACUGGCAGUUGAAGAAGGCCACACAUUUUCAAGAGUAUGAGAAAGCUCGGCGUGACGAGGAGAGGGCGAAAGGUCACGAGCAGAAGGAAGCGAGGAAGUGGAAAGGGUUCAGAACGUUGGGAUUUGGAGUGGAGGAGCGAGGGAGGAAGAAGAGAGAUGGAACCUCCUCAAACGAAGCCGCGCAUUUGCAACAAAAGCUGAAAAGCCUGAGCUCGGAACUGGUCACGUUGAGGAACCGGCUGCACGUGAAUGGUCAGCCGCACGCACAUGGCCCGCGAGAAGGGGACGACACGGAGGACACGUCGCCUCAAGUGCCUCCACACCAGGGGCAAAAUGGGAGGGGUGGCGUGGACGGGCACAACUACAUGAACCACCCCAUGCUCCCCUAUCCAAACAAACCGCUCCCACCUCAACCACACCCAAAUACGAGUCCAGGCAAUAAUAAUAAUCAGGCGUUUUAUGAAAAUCAACCCUUUCAAAAAGAAGUGGUCCGGAUUGGUGGGGACAUUUUGGGAGUGUCAAACUGCUCCUCGAACGUGCAAAAUGACAAGUUGGGAGUUGGCGUGGUUCAUGGGAUUCCUUUUCUACAGAGGGAUCACAGGGAGAGAGAGAGGGAUGCGACGCAGAGUCAGGGAAGUGGGAGCUGUGUAAUAAACUCGAAUUCCGGCGGAGCUGGGAGUGGUUCAGUAAUUUUGGGUUCGAACGUGACCACUUCGUCGCCCUCGGAAAGUUCGUUCGGCGUGUCGAACAAGUCCCUGGAGCGUCCGGGGAAGGGGAUUUCCUCGCACAAAUCGUCCCCCGGGGGCCACUCGAAGAUCAACAAGCGGAGGAAGGUGAACUUGGCGGAGGUUGAUGAUCUCAUCCAUCUGAGCGGACCUUUGACGGAGGAUGCCAUCAUAAGAUGCAUCCAGGCCAGGGUGGCGGCAGGCAGAUGCUCGGUGUACAUGGGUCCCAUUUUGCUGAUGACGAAUCGUCUCACGUCGACGAACGAUCCCCUCACGCUGGCCUCCACGGCGGACUGCCCCAUCGCCUCCGACCUCAAGAAAAUCGUGGUGGAAACGUUGCGCCAACAAGCGGACACGGGUUACCCGCAGGCCCUGAUUUUGUCGGGGGUUUCGGGUGCGGGGAAGACGCACACGUCCAUGCUCAUCGUCCGACAACUCUUCCUCCUCGCCGGAGGUGGUGUCAGUUCCGACGCUUUCAGACAUUUGAGUGCUUCCGUGACCGUGCUGAGGUCACUCGGCACGGCGACGACGGUGCUAAACAGGAAUUCAAGUAGAGUGGGUCACUUCAUCGAGGUGCAGGUGACUGAAGGGACGGUGUACCGGACGAAGGUGCACUGCUACUUUUUGGACCAGACGAGAGUGGUCAAGACUCCGGUGGAUGAGAAGAAUUACGACAUUUUCUACCAAAUGUUGGCCGGCCUGAGUCAUGAGGAGCGAGAACGACUGCACCUGGGUCAUCACACGGUGGAGACGCUCCGCUAUCUGAACAGGGCGGACUGUCGAACCGAUGAGAAGGAAGAUAAGCGCAGGUUUCUCGACUGGAAAACGUCACUCGGAUUGUUGGGGAUCCCAUUUCUGGAUGUGGUGCGCGUCCUGGCCGCAGUGAUCCUGAUGGGAAACGUGCAGUUCAGGGAGUCCUCGUCCUCCUGCAUGGAAAUGGACAUCAAGGGAGAAUCUGAGCUGCAAUCGGCCGCGGCGUUGUUGGGAGUGUCAGAAUCCGCGUUGAAGCAAGGAUUGACCAUGCGCACGCAUAAUGCUCGCAAUCAACUCGUGAGAUCUCGAGUGGACGCGAAUUCCUGCAACUUUAGUCGCGAUUCUUUAGCAAAGUCGCUCUACACGAGGACCGUGGCGACCAUUGUGAGGAGAGCGAAUAGUCUGAAACGUUUGGGAUCGAAUUCCGGAACGUUAAGUUCCGAUUCAGCAGAUUCUGUUCAUAAUCAGGCCGAGGUUGCGAGUCAACACGCCUCCACCGUGGGGACGGCGGGGUCCAAAGCGUCGAAAUCUAUGACCGCGCUUAACAACGCGGUGCGACAGACGACGGAUGGGUUCAUCGGGAUUUUGGACAUGUUUGGCUUUGAAGAUGUUCGGCCGAGUCAUUUGGAGCAAUUGUGCAUUAAUCUGUGUGCCGAGACGAUGCAGCAUUUCUACAGCACGCACAUAUUCAAAGCGUCCAUCGAAUCGUGUCGUGACGAAGGGAUUCAGAGCGACUGGGAAGUCGAAUACCUCGAUAAUGUGCCAUGUAUUGACCUCAUAUCAUCGCUGAGAACCGGUCUCCUGUCCAUGUUGGAUGUUGAAUGUAGUGCGAGGGGAACGGUGGAGAGCUACGUGGAAAAGGUGACCUCGGUGCACAAGACGAAUUCGCGACUCGUACCUAUCGACAGAUCUGCGGCUGUGACGGAUCUACGCUCAUUUUCUGUGCAACACUAUGCCGGAAAAGUGGUCUACAAUUGUACAGAAUUUCUCGAUACGAACCGAGACAUUUUGGCGGACGAUUUGGUCGCCGUAUUUCACAAGCAUCGAUGCUCAUUUGGCUUUGCGAGCCAUUUGUUCUCUUCCGAACUGAAGAUUUUGGGGGCUGGUGGGAUGGAACCGAGCCCAAGGGGGAUCUCUUUCCGGAUUUCGCCAACCUCACAUACUGAACUGCUCAAUGGGGACGAACCCGUCUCAACGCUUACGCAAGACUUUCACACUCGGCUGGACAACCUGCUGCGGACCUUGGUCCAUGCAAAACCUCAUUUCAUCCGGUGUAUCAAAAUCAACCAAAGCGAACAAUCCGACCUCUUCGAUCGCCACGUUGUUUCGAAACAGUUGAGAGCGUUUCAAGUUUUGGAAACGGUGAAUCUCAUGGCGAACGGGUAUCCGCAUCGGAUGAGGUUUAAGGCCUUUAAUGCAAGAUACAAACUGCUGGGUCCAUUUCAUCAAUUGUCUCGCUCAGAGGAGCGAAUUCUGGAAGAUUGUCAACUAAUUUUGGACUGUUUUGACAAUUCUGUGGCAAGUUGUCAUGCAAGGGAUCGAAGAAAUAUCAGUAUUUCUUGGGCGGUCGGAAAGAGGCACAUUUUUCUCAGCGAGGGUGCCCGCCAGCAACUCGAGUCAUUCCGGUCUUCUGCUCGAACCCGUGCCGCCACGCUGAUCCAGUCCACGUGGCGGGGUUUCCACUGCCGCCGUCGGUGGCCCAUGCUCCGCCAAAGCUUCCAGCACCACCAACACCAUCGCCACUACCCCGCAGAAGAAGACCUUCCUCCGAGUCUACCUCCGCCAAAUCCACACCAAUUUUCGAACGGGUCUCAUUUUACGACGCAACCUUUCGGACAUUCCACCACGCUUCCUCGGCAGCACUGUCCCUCGAACGGAAUGGGACCACCGCCCGUCCCACAAACGUCUUAUCCAGUGAAACCUUAUCAUCAACAAGUCACCACGACUAAUAAUUUGUAUCCCGGGUAUUCUGCGGCGUCGACGCUGCGUCAUUCGUCCCUGAUAAGUGCUCCUCCUCCACAGUCGUCCCAAUCUCUGCCCCAUUUGCAGAGGACCCAGCCCCUACUUUCGCCAUCGACCACGACCCUUCCAGUUCCCGUUCCUAGGAGGGAAGCGUCCACUUCAAAUCCGGAAAUGCAUCACAACAACCACCCGAAAAAUCUGCCUUCUUCCGGUUCCGUGAGUGUGACGAGUAGCCUGUCCCCACCGAUUUUGCCCCCAAUCACGCCCACGAAUGGACACACGAUUGCGACAGCGACCACGGUGGCGACGAAUGGUGGGACGCAGUCGCUGUGUAGUAGUAGUAAUCACAGUAAUAAUUCGAGUGGGGCGAGACCUCCGAGGCCGCAGCCGAUUAGUGGGACACCCCCACCACAGGAACAGCAGGAGAGGUGUGACCCCAAAUUGGUGCAGCAGACUUGUUCGAUGUUUGGGUUGGAUAUGGAGCGACCCCCUCCACUCCCACCCAGUCGAUCAUACACAGUGACAGGAAACACGAAAUUGGGGUAUCCACAAACCCGGGUGAUGAAGAUGACUUAUCCAGAUGAAGGCACCCCGUCCGACAUCCGUUUGUUGAAGGGGGACUCGGUGACGGUGAUUGGGACGUCGCCACGCCGGGGUCAUCUCAUGGUGGAAGUGAAGAACAGAACGCUGCACGUGCCUUUCCAAUACCUCGAACUUAAAACGACUUCCGAGCCUUAAAUAUUGAACCGAUUUCUUUAAACUGAACUCAUUAAAUUAAAUUAAUUUAUGUAAUGUACAUUAAUUUUAAAUCGGUUUCCUCAUCUCGUGAUACGGAAUCAAUUAAUUAGGAUAUUAAUUUAUAACUAUGUAUUUUUAUUUUACCCAGUAUUGUUUUUUUUACACGGACAAAGUGCAAUUUGUACAAAAUGAUUGUGUUCUCAGAGGAAAAAAAGAUAUGAUUUCGAUUAAAUUCAUUAUGAUGAAAGUUUACAA